UUCCUCUGUUUCGUUCACUAGCAGGAAAUAGUUCUCCUCCGAUUUAGGCACCUUCAAAGCCAACAAUGAUGCUCGCAACGCUCAAAGCGGAAGAACAGAGCCAGCAACUUCAGAUCGUAGAGCGCGAAGAUAUUGAGGAUGAAGACGACUUGUUCGAAGCGAUCGACAAACUGACUUCUCAUGGAAUUAAUGCUGGAGACGUGAAGAAGCUUCAGGACGCAGGGAUAUACACUUGCAAUGGUUUGAUGAUGCACACGAAGAAGCACUUGACAGGGAUAAAAGGUUUAUCCGAAGCGAAGGUUGAUAAGAUCUGCGAAGCUGCCGAAAAGCUAGUGAAUUUUGGUUAUAUCACUGGAAGCGACGUUCUGCUCAGGAGAAAGUCUGUAGUUCGCAUUACGACUGGAAGCCAGGCUCUCGAUGAACUCUUAGGAGGUGGAAUUGAAACUCUAGCGAUCACGGAAGCUUUUGGAGAAUUCAGGUCCGGGAAAACGCAACUCGCGCAUACUCUAUGUGUCUCUACGCAGCUUCCCACCAACAUGCGGGGAGGGAAUGGAAAGGUUGCAUACAUCGACACUGAGGGCACUUUCCGACCUGAUCGAAUUGUGCCUAUAGCUGAAAGAUUUGGCAUGGACCCGGGAGCUGUGCUAGAUAAUAUCAUAUAUGCUCGUGCCUACACCUACGAACAUCAGCAUAACCUCUUGCUCGGCCUUGCGGCAAAAAUGUCCGAAGAACCGUUUAAACUUCUGAUUGUUGACUCUAUCAUUGCACUUUUUCGAGUGGAUUUCACUGGAAGAGGAGAACUUGCAGAGCGCCAGCAAAAACUGGCGCAGAUGCUGUCCCGAUUAACUAAAAUUGCAGAAGAGUAUAAUGUAGCAGUUUACAUGACCAACCAAGUUGUUGCAGACCCAGGUGGAGGAGUGUUCGUAUCAGACCCCAAAAAACCAGCAGGAGGCCACGUUCUUGCCCAUGCUGCCACGGUAAGACUGAUGUUCAGGAAAGGCAAAGGAGAACAACGCAUCUGUAAGGUGUUCGAUGCUCCUAAUCUGCCAGAGUCUGAAGCUAUAUCCUUAACUCACAUCACGUCACACUUCAUCACCUUCAUUUAUCAUUUUCUGGUUGGUAUAAACAUCGAACCCAUGAAUCUCAACGAUUUCCGAAAUCAUCGAACCAAUGAUGUAAGCAAGCAGUAAGUCCUACAAUUCUACUGCACUCAUAUCACUACAUAAAAAUUGUACUUGUUAAACAUUGUAGAUAAAGCAGAAGAGAAAAGGCUACACCUUUCACACAAUUUUUCCUUGACAGAACCACGUUUUUCAGAUAACACCAGGGGGCAUUGCAGAUGCAAAGGAUUGACGCCUCAUGUGGUGCUGGAAAAUCAAAGGAAACACAGGUUGAAAUGUUU